AUGGAUUUCUUCAGGUCCGUCUUCUCAGGCGAGGAGGAGGCGGUGCAGGAAGCUGGCGCGCCGCCGGACGGUAAUCAUGGCGGCGCCGAAUCGAAUUCUAGUUCCCUUGGUGGAGAGGGUAGCGCAUGGGGCGGCUUUGGGAGUUUGAUCAAGACGCUGGCCUCUAAGUCAGAGUCGGUUAUCCAGACAUACCAGCGCGAUCUGCAAGAGUUCGGAUCGGGUUUCCGGGUGGAGGCGGCGGCUAUCCGCGAGGUUAUCAAGGACCUCCCCAACGCACUUGAGGCGGGUGCCUCCGUUGCUCAGGAGUCCCUUGAAUCUGUCGGACAGGUCAUUGACGACUUAGGCGACUCCGUCUGGCGUGGGGCAACCGACGUCAUCGCCCACAGUAAGGAUGCGAUCCUCUCUAUAGAUUCCGACUUCGCAGAGCAUGCCGGCUCCUCUCUGGGUGCUUCGACGCAGAGUCCCGUCAUCGACAGUGGUGGCACAACAAAAAAAUACAACAGAUUUGAGGUGAAAGUCAUGUCGUUACAGUCCAAUCCCGGAACAUUUACUGAAGGCCCGGAAGAUGCUGAGGACUUGGGGAUGUGGGCUGCGGAUUUCCAGCUUGGAGAAAAGGAGGAGGAGAUCGAGAGCCUCCUUGCGGAGAACGAAGCCCUUGAGGUUAAUCUUGAGAAAUUAGUUCCUGUCCAUCUUGAUUACGAAACCUUCUGGACCCGCUACUUCUACAAGGUCUACAAGCUCAAGCAAGUGGAGGAUGUGAGGGCUGAUCUUGUGAAGAGGGUUUUAGUUGAAGAGGAAGAGGAGCUUAGCUGGGAAGUAGAUGAUGAUGACUACGAAGAAGAUGGAAAGGAAGAACAGCAAGGCAGACAAGAAGGGUCAGAAAAACAAGAACAAAGAAAUGAGCAGGUGAGAGCGGAGGAAAAUUCGCCCUCUCCAUUAUCAAAGGAAGAGAACGAUCAGAUGCAGAAACCUGUUAGUCGAGAUAGUCCAAAUGAGAACUCUCAGGUCAGCAAUUCCGGUGAAGUUGCUUCUGUGUCAUCUGGAGAUGAUAAUGCCUCUAAGAUCAAUAAUGUUGCUUCUAAACUGGAUGAUCAGAUUCUUCAUGAAGCUGAGGCGAAGCCAGUUGUGUCUGUGCCAAACCAGCCAUCUACUCCAGAUGAAGAUGAUCUUGGGUGGGAUGAGAUUGAGGAUCUUGGCGAGGAUGAUGACAAAAAGAUUAGUGAUUCUGGUGGCAAUCUGAAUGAUGCUGCACUGCGAAAGAGGCUGAGCACUACAGAAGAGGAAGAGGAUCUCAGCUGGGAUAUUGAAGAUGAUGAGCCCAUCAAAGAUUGA